CGCCGGCGAGGCGUGGCAGCCCGCGCCCUUCGGCCGCGCAGCCCGGGAGCCCGCGCGCCGCCCUGGAGGGCCGCGCCGGCGCGCCGCGCGGCCGGCAUGGCGGCCGCCGGCGCGCUGGACAUGUCGCUCGAUGAUGUCAUCAAGAAGAAGGGCGGCCGUGGCGGCCGGAGCGGCGCCAAGAAGGGCGCCGGCGCGAAGGAGGCCGCCGCGCCCGCUCCGGAGAAGAAGAUGGAGAGGCGCAGCGGCCUCAGCGCCGCCGCCAAGUCCGCGCUCGGCGCCGCCGCCAAGUACAAGGCGGCGGGCAAGUCCAAGGGCCUCCUUGGCACCCUGAGCGCUGCCUUCAAGGGGCUGGGGCUGCCAGUGCGAACGCUGGGGGUCAAGCCGGUGGACAGGCCGGCGGAGGGCUCCGCCAGGAGCUCGUCCGCCAGGGAGUGGGCUCCGGGGAAGAACCGGCGCGCGGCGAAGCAGAUGGCCGCCGCGGCCACGACGAGCUCGCCGAAGGGCACCGAGGACAAGCUCUCCAUGAGCCUCGAGGACAUGAUCAAGUCCGAGGUGAAGAAGCCGGGGAAGAAGCCCGACAAGGAGAAGGCGAACGGUGCGGCGGGGGCCGGCGGCGCCGAGGGCGGCGGGCCCAAGACGAGGGGCGGUCGCCGCCGCCGCGGGAUGAUGAAGCUUCGCAAGGAGGCCCCCGCGCCGGCAGGGAAGGCCCCGGGCAAGGCGAAGGCGAAGGCCAGCGCCAGGGGCCGCGGCGACGUGGAGUGGGGCAGGGGCGCGGGCAGGCGGUGGGCGCCCGAGGGCCGGGGAGGCCAGGGCGGCGGCGGUGGCAUGCGAGGCUGGGCUGGCGGGCUCGGCAAGAGGAGCCGGGCCGAGGACUACGACGACUGGGGCCCUCCGCCGGCGAGGCGCGCGCGGGUCGCCGGCGGCGUCGACUUCGGCUGGGGCGGUGGGCGCGAAGGCCGCGGGGCUGCAGACCGCUGGGGCCCAGGCGACUACAGCUGGGGCGGCGGUAGCGGCAGCGCCGGCCGUGGCUGGGACGGCCCCAGCUGGAGCAGGGACUGGGACGACCGCGACCGCCCGGCGGCGCGCGACCGGGAGCGCGAGCGGCCGCGCGUGCCGCCCGCGCCGCUGGACCGGUUGCCCGCGAAGGCCGUCCGCGACUCCGCCCCCUCGCGGGC